CAGAGUGGAGCCUUAGAGGAGUCAGGAUUUCAGCUGCGGCAUCGACACACCGGAAUGACCCGGAAACUUGCUCCUAGCCGAAGUAGGACGUGAUAACUACUAAGGAUAGUUACUGAUCAAGUUGCUAUUUCCAAGUACAUCAUAAUGCAGAAUUCUUUAUCAGUACCAUCAAGAGAUCAAGGUGAUACAAACAUCCCUUCUGGAACAGGACAGAGUGGAAAGAGUUUGCAGAGUAAGAGUCAAUUUAGGACCAUUGCACCAAAGAUUGCUCCUAAAGUCCUAGCCUCCAGAGUGCUGCCAUGUCACUCACCUUCACUUUCUGAUCAGGGGACUCUGGGGCCCUCCAUGAGCCCCAAGCCACUGGGAAUGCCCACCCAGAACUAUGCACUGAUGCAGGUAGCUGGCCAGGAAGGUACUUUUUCUCUUGUUGCUUUGCCGCCUGUUACCUCAGCUCAGCCAAUUCAGAAACCCCAAAUGCCUGAGAACCUUAAAGUGCCUAUUCCUCGAUACCAACCCCUAAGAAGUAACAAAGGACCUAGAAAGAAGUCCAUCCUGAGCUCUCCUGAAAGUGGCUGCAGCAGACCUGUUGCCCACACCCAGAUGUGCCCUCAGAUUUCCCCUUCCCCACCUGCCCAUCCUGAACUCCCGCAGAAAGCCAAUCCAUGCAAACAGAUGCCAUCACCAGACCAAGCCUCAGGGGGGACCAGCACAGCUCCACUGGUUGAGAGCAGUGGUCAUGAAGACUCCACACCUCCAGUGAUCGACAGCUGCAGAGAUCGAAACCCUCCAGCUACACCAGCCCUGUCUACACCAGCGGAGCCCUCUGCCAAGCAGAGGCUCUCAGAUAAUUCAGGGAAAGCUAGCCAUAGAAACAGGAAGGUACCCAGUGGACCUUCUGCCGUUGCCAGAGGAAAACUUAAGGGACACAUAGAUCAUGGGAACGCCGUGACCAGUUUAUCACCAGGCAUUUUUGGCAGUGCAGUUCAGUUGAUCUCAUCAGUUCCCAAAGGUAAAGUACCAAUCUUACCCUACAAAAGAAUGCAGACAAACAAGAUUUGCCAAACUGAAUCAGAUGCCAGUGCUGCAGAAUUUUCUUUAUCUGGGUAUAGGACAGAUAAUGAUAGGAAAUUCUCCAUCAAAGAAAGCUUUAAUGCAGCCAACAAUAUGUCUAGCAAGACACCUGUUCCACCAGUACCAAAGCAGAUUCUUUGCGGAAGUGCCUUUUGUCCAGCCACCAAAACAGAUCUCAACCACAAAACAAAACUGAACGUUGGAGCAGCAAAGAGAAGAGGAAGAAAACGAAAGAUUCCAGAUGAAGUUUUAGCAUUUCAGGGGAAAAGGAAGAAAUGCAUUAUCAAUAAAUGCAGAGAUGGUAAAGAGAAAGCAAAAAACAAUCUCCAAGAAUCCAAAGACCAAAAGCCAGGGGCUUUGAAAAAAUAUCGUAACAUUAUGCCCAAACCUGUGGUUGUCAUGUCUGCUUUGCCUCCCCUGGCUUCUCCUUCAGCCACCCUCCACUCUCAGACCUCCACCAACCUAGGACAGGACAUCUCAUUAAAUAAUUCAGUCACUUCCAAAUGUCUCAGCUGUAAGCAGAAUGACAGCCCUUCCACCAAGCUCAGCUCCGUGUUCAGAAAUGGAUUCUCUGGUGUCCGAAAACCUUGGCACAGAUGCCAAGUUUGUAACCACCACUUCCAGUUCAAACAGCACCUUCAGGACCACAUGAACACACAUACCAACAGGCGCCCGUACAGCUGUCGCAUCUGCCGCAAGGCCUAUGUGCGCUCUGGCAGCCUGAGCACACAUAUGAAGCUCCACCAUGGUGAGAACCGUCUGAGGAAACUUGUGUGCUGUGAGUUCUGUGCAAAAGUGUUUGGCCACGUGCAAGUCUAUUUUGGCCACCUAAAAGAAGUACACAGGGUUGUGAUCAGCACAGAGCCCGGCCCUAGUGAAGCGCAGCCGGAAGACAUGCCGAAGAGCAGAGACAGACACGCCAGUGAUCGAGAGGCAGAGAGAGCACUGGAGCGGGAAAACAAGUCAAGCUUGGAAGAAGAUUUCCUUCUAACCCAGGCAGACGAAGUCAAAUUACAAAUCAAAUGUGGCCGUUGUCAGAUCACUGCACAGUCUUUUGCUGAAAUCAAGUUUCAUUUACUUUAUGUUCAUGGAGAAGAAAUUCAGGGUAGGUUGCAAGAGGGAAUCUUACCCAGCAAAAGAGGGGCUCAGAGAGCGCUGACCAGACACACUGCUCCUGACUGGAAGCAACAUCAAAACCAGGUGAAGCCUUGUGCCUCUGAGGAGAACUGCCAUACACAUCCUAAGAAGAAAAGACAGCUCUGCCUUCACCGUGAGAAUGAUGUGGAAAUACUCAAGGCCAGUGACGGAGGCCAACUGGGAACGGAAAGGCUGAAGGAAGACCCCCAGGACUCAGGAUGUGGCAGCCGCCACACGGUUUUCCUCUGGUCUCAUUCAGGCUUCAGCUGCCUCCUGUGUGCCCAGACCCUGGGGAGGAAGGAGGAGCUCUUUCUCCACUGGGAGAGCCACCAUAACUGUGAGGACCCCUCCAGACUUUGGGCUAUUCUAAGUACAUUCUCCAACCAAGGAGUGAUAGAGAUUUCCAGGGAAACCAGCAAGUGAAACUCUGAGGCAAACUGGGGUUAAAGAAAAUUUUGCUAGCACCUUUCUUUCAAAGCUUUGUGUUUUAUGGUGAUACUUAAGUAUAUGAAUCAAAUAAGUUAGUGUGAACAUUAAUGAACAAAGUUUUGUAUAUUUAUUUUCUUAUAAAAUAAAAUAUAUGCUCUGGGUGCAAA